CUGGGGGCUCCACCGCGCCCCGUAUGGGCGUCGGGGGUCUGUGGGUUUAGCUUCGCGGUGCUCGGGAGCCCCUGAGACAAAGGUGUCUUGUGAUCCGGACUUCUGCGCUCUUCGGGGUCACGUGAGCGGGCGGCGCAGAGGGGAAACUGAGGCCGACAGCGUCCCACCCCCACCCCCACCCCUCGUUGCUUUUUCUCACAAAAAGAUCCUGAGCAAGCAGUGUCACCUCACCAGUCUCGAGAUGGACAACAGGAAGCGCCUGGCCUAUGCCAUCAUCCAGUUCCUCCAUGGACAGUUGCGGCACGGUGGGCUCUCGUGUGACGCCCAGGAGAGCCUAGAGGUUGCCAUCCAGUGUCUGGAGACAGCCUUUGGUGUGACGCUGGAGGACAGUGACCUUGCUCUCCCUCAGACCCUGCCAGAGAUAUUUGAAGCAGCCACUUCCAGCAAGCAGGAGAUGCCACAGGACUCGCGGGCCCCCGACAGGACACCACCCUCUGAGGAGGACUCAGCUGAGGCAGAGCGCCUCAAAACGGAAGGUAAUGAGCAGAUGAAGCUGGAGAACUUCGAAGCAGCUGUGCACCUCUACGGCAAGGCUAUUGAGCUCAACCCUGCCAAUGCUGUCUACUUCUGUAACAGAGCUGCGGCCUACAGCAAGCUGGGGAACUACGUGGGGGCCGUCCAGGACUGCGAGCGCGCCAUUGGCAUCGACCCUGGGUAUAGCAAGGCCUAUGGCCGCAUGGGCCUUGCGCUGUCCAGCCUGAACAAGCAUGCAGAGGCUGUGGCGUACUACAAGAAGGCCCUGGAGCUGGACCCUGACAACGACACAUACAAGUCCAACCUCAAGAUUGCAGAGCUGAAGUUACGGGAGGCGCCAAGCCCUACGGGCGGCGUGGGCAGCUUAGACAUCGCUGGCCUGCUGAACAACCCACACUUCAUCACCAUGGCUUCAAGCUUAAUGAACAGCCCCCAGCUACAGCAGCUGUAAGUGACCCUGCUCUGUUCCUUCUGUACCUAGAACACAAGAGACAGGGAC